GUCUAUACUGGAUGGUUUAACUUUACAAAGGAGAUGACAGAAGCAGUGAAGAAUAGUUCUGCUAAUAUAUUUCCGUUAAUGUACGAAGACUUGGUACUGGAAACAAAGACAAAUAUAACUAGUUUGGCAAAGUUUUUAGAAGUUCCAUACAAGGAAAGCUUUAUCAACGAAGUUGUAGAAAGGUGUAGUUUCAAAAAUCUUAAGGACAAUAAACGAGAUGUCUCUGAAAUAAUUCAACCUGACAAGAAAUCUACACUCUUUCGGAAAGGAGUGAUAGGCGAUUGGAAAAACUGGUUCACAGUUUCACAAAACCAGCAGCUUGACGAAUUUUACCACAAGGAAAUGAAAGAUGUUGAUGUAAAAUUUAAAUAUGAAUAUCCACAGUAAAAAUACGAAUUCUUGUUUUAUAGGAAGUGAAAGGAAUAUUUUGUUUGUACAUUUUUGUAUUGAGAGCGAAUGGAAAUACACACAUUGUUGAUGAAUUAGAUUACAAAAAAAGACAUGUAUGCACAAUCCAACAGUUUGUUAUAUUUCCUAUAUUGUAAAUUGGAAAUUUCUAGUAAAACCAUUACCUCAAAGCAGUAAGCUCUCAUAAAAUAGUUUUUCUAAUAAACAAUGACUGUCUCUAAUCAGAACCUUUUAAAGUGUUGGUAGAUUGUUUCUGAUAGCCACUAACGUAUGGACAUUUUUUCAAGAUACAGCUUCCAUUAAGAAAUAUACCUCGAAUUUGGGGCUACAGUGGUCAUCUCAGUACCAGAAUC